UUAUCAAAGAGACUAAAGCUGGCAGCGGAGUCGGGUUCACUCUGCAUUCUCAGUCACACGUUUGUGCUUAUUUUAUGCUUAAUUACCCUUUGGAUACAGUGAGUGGUCAUUCACAGGGUUCUCCCGCAUGGCAAUGGGGCGGUGAAAGUACGAGGGGCGUGCGGCAAACGCAGACGUGCCUAGCACACUACUUCCAAAAUACUUUGUCAGUUACCAGUGUUUCCCUUUAAAAUGUCAAGACUUCGUCCAUCAGGAUCUGUCCAAUGCAAGCCGAGCUGCUCAUUUGGAAGGAGGCGAGAUUGCUGCCUUUCUGGUCUAAAGAUGCGCUCGUGUAAAUUGUGACAAAGGCUGUCAGGAUUGAAAUCAGAAAUCGAUAUUCUAAGAAUGCGUGGCGAUUAUCUUUUGGAAUAUUAACAAUCUUGUUUUUUGGAUUUUUUUUUUCUUCUGCUGGCGUGCUGUUUGGUUUUAGCGGCUAGUACUAGGUCUGCUAACACAAUUCGACUAUUGAGAUCCGCGGCUGUUCUUACCUCCAGUUUCAGCAAGAACUGUGCUGGACAGAGUCAGUUUGUUGGUAAGGGUCCAUGCGAGAAUUGGGGUGAAAACAUGUCUGGUCAUUUCUCUGUGUGGCUCCAUGCUGUCAGAGAUGGCAUUUUGGUCCAGCACUCCAGCUUUAACCCCUAAAGUGCCUCGAAAGAUUUUGUUCAUGUUCAUUCUCUCCCUCUCUGUCACCUACUUAUUCUACAGUUUGAUGAGCUGUUACAAUACCCUGCAGUUUCCCCUGCAAGAAAACUACCUGUACCAAGCCAGGCUAGUGACAGAAGAGUCCACUUUCGCUGCGUUACGAGAAAAACUUUAUUCCGCCACAUCAUCACAGGGCUAUUUCGGCAAAAACGUGGAAAGCACCACGGAGCAGACGCAGACAGCGGACUAUGCAGUCUCCGUCGCAGUCAUUGAAGAUACCGGUACUCUUGGAACUGAGGAGAGAGCGAUGGGCUGGGUCAAAACUCAGUUAGCUCCCACGGAAAUGAUCACGGGUCACACGGUCGUUUUCGAGAGGGAGCAGCACCAGGAAUCCAGCACCACGGACGACGAACUAAACCGAAGAGGGAAUAGCACAGCUACCCCCGAUUAUGGGGAAAAAAAGUUACCCCACGCCAUUAUUAUUGGAGUGAAGAAAGGGGGUACCAGGGCUCUUUUGGAAGCCCUGAGGGUCCACCCUGACGUGAGGGCAGUAGGAGUAGAGCCCCACUUCUUUGAUAGGAACUACGAGAAGGGAUUUGCCUGGUACAGGGACCUGAUGCCUUCGACACUUGAAGGUCAAAUUACCAUGGAGAAAACACCGAGCUAUUUCGUAACAAACGAAGCCCCGCGGCGCAUUCACUCAAUGGCGAGGGACACCAAACUGAUAGUGGUGGUUAGAAACCCAGUGACUAGAGCCAUCUCCGACUAUACACAGACUCUGUCCAAGAAGCCAGAGAUCCCCAGCUUCGAGGUGCUGGCUUUUAAAAACAGGACACUAGGGCUGAUUGAUGCAUCGUGGAGUGCUCUUCGGAUAGGGAUCUAUGCUCUCCACCUGGAGACCUGGCUGCAGUAUUUUCCGCUUUCGCAGAUGCUUUUUGUCAGCGGAGAGAGGCUCAUCAUUGAUCCAGCAGGGGAAAUGGCCAAAGUGCAGGACUUUCUAGGACUCAAAAGGAUUGUAACAGACAAACACUUCUAUUUCAAUAAGACCAAGGGGUUUCCCUGCCUGAAGAAGCCAGAGGACAGCAGUGCUCCAAGGUGCCUUGGCAAAUCCAAGGGUAGAACUCACCCCAAAAUAGAUCCCGAUGUUAUUCACAGACUACGGAAGUUUUACAAACCCUUUAAUAUGAUGUUUUACCAAAUGACUGGUGAGGACUUUCAGUGGGAGCAGGAGGAAAUCCGGUGAACUGCUUUUUAAAUGUAAUAUUGCAGGAAUGCAUCGCUAGCCUUUUCAAAUCAAUAACCUAAUUACAAUACUAUAUUAUAAAAGAAGGUUGAGCUUGAAGGCCAACAAUCACUGCUUUAUUCAAGUACCAAGCGCCAUUCAGGAACUGUCAUGGUAUUAGCAACACGGUGGAGGAGAUCAAGGUGGGGACAUUAUUUCAUAUACAUUGAAAAAGGGUGUAAAAUCACCAACAAUUUGGGCUAAGUGUCCUUAAUAAAAGUGAAUCAUGUACAAUGUAUUGAGACAGCUGUUUGAUAUAUACAUAAUUUGAAUCAAUUGAACGCGGUUUAUGCUUUAUUACCCAUGUUUAGUACCAAAUCCGACUUUUUUUUUUUUAUUAUUGUGUUAAGAAAUUAGUUUGGACAAUUUUCAAUCAGCCCAAAUUAACCAGGAUAUAUACACGGCUGCAUCACCAGCGUUUCAAUUACCUGCCACUUCCCCACUCUUGCAGAAUUCCAUUCUGGGGGUUUAGUGCCCAUUGCCUUGGAGACUAGCCAGGUCUGGGCCUCACUUCCCCAAGAACAGAACUUUGGGCCCUGGGUCAAACUGGAAUAACUAAGCAAAAUAUGGCCUGUUCUGAGAAAAUCCUGACAACAUAGAGUGAGACGAAAUUCUACUUGUUCUGAACCCAGUCCUGUUUUUUUUAAGCAAUAUUUAUUUGAAUAUUAGUACGUUUUGACUUUUUGAUAAACACCGCCUGUCAAAUUGUUCAGCCUCACAAGGAUUCAGAAUCCAUAACAAAAAUGGGUCUGACCAUUUUUGUAUCCUAUAUUUAUUUAUUUAUUUAUUUGUCUUUUCAUUGUUAUGCCAAACAGUUCUGGACAUAAUACAUCUCUCCUAUUAUCAUAGUAUGCAUUGGUUUACUAUUGUAUCCAUGCACCAAAAAAUGAACUAGCAUACAAAAGUAAAUAAUAAUAAAUGUGUGCUGUUAUGGUUUCCCUAAAUUCACACAAAAUAUUCCUGAGAAAGCAACUUCUUAGAAUGCAUAUGCCGCCAUCAUUUUAGAAUUAAUCUGCCCAUUGAUAGUUUUAUUAACCAAGACUGAAUACAAGACAAUAAAUCCCCCGACUUUGUCUUCUCUGAACAGGUCACAUGCUCCAAUACAUUGUUCUGCCUCCUGACACGUUUUUACUAAACUAUACAUCCUCUAUAGUUUAUUAAUAUGGUCUGUUUUUAUUUUAUUUUAAGUGUUGCAUAAAUUACCAAGAUGUGCUUUCCAUCAGUUUCAAGAAUGCUUGUAUGUCUUUUAAUAAUUUGUUGUGGUCUUGGUCCUGUUUGUUCUUCAUAGUUCAGUCAGGAAACUCAUGCAAGAGAUUAAUUAUUAAAGCAUAGACUAGACAACUACAUUAUACAUAUUUUUACCCUACAUUCUUUGGCCUUCGGCUUCACCUUUCGAGGUACCUCUGCCCAUAAAUUAGCUUGUAGAUAAGUGGCAAGGCUGACCGGAGGGAAGCCAUGGGCAGGUGUACAAUAUUGCUGCCCUCCCCAUUAGACAAAGCCAAUAAGCAGCUGGAGUCUGGGGAGGAGAGGCGAAUUGAGACGCACAGCAGGGAUGUAACAAAUUGAGUCAAGAUAUAAAUCCCUCCCUUGCCGAUCAUUGGACAUAUUGUUAUCGAAAGAACUGAAUGGAUUGUUCUGGUAUUUGAAGCGUCUAAAAUAUGCUUUACGUUUCCGUGAUCUGACCUAAGUUUAAAAGUGAGUUCCCUGCCUGAGCCACUGCUUUCCCGUGCAGUCUUAGCACCUUCUUGACUUUUUGUACCAUUGACAGCUUAUUGAUCAACACGGUUUACUACCUUUUUUUUUUUUACAGAAAAUGUACAGAGGGAUGAUGGGUAAUUAGUCUGUGUGGCAUGGAAGAAAAGCCCUGUGCUUAAUUGUGGGGCUGGGCCAGCCCUGUCUGUAAAUAAUGUAUUGUAUUAUAAUUUAAAAGUGAUGGUUUAUUAUUAUUGUUGAGGUAAUUUUGAGAAUGAUCUGUGUAGAUGUGCUGUUAUGAUUUCAAAGGUAUUUUGUAUUUACCUGUAUAUAAACCUGUCAAAUUACGAACUCUGACACCAAACAAAUACUGUGCUUCCUGCAUGCGUAGCAAUUGCUUUUUUUUAAGUUUCAUUUUUACUUUAGUUUCUCUCGCAUCUCCUCUCUGUACACCCACAGGUUUAUAUUUUAUUAUUUGUUUAUUUAGCUGGUGCCUUUAUCCAAGGCAACUCACAGAGAGACUAGGGUGUGUGAACUAUGCAUCAGCUGCAGAGUCACUUACAACAACGUCUCACCCGAAAGACGGAGCACAAGGAGGUUAAGUGACUUGCUCAGGGUCACACAAUGAGUCAGUGGCUGAGGUGGGAUUUGAUUCGGGGACCUCCUGGUUACAUGUGCUUUUCUUUAACCACUGGACCACACAGCCUCCUUAUACAUGUGGCCAUCUCCAAAUCAACAACCAAUUCAUUCUAAGGACGACCACAUUCUGGACAGGGUUUAGUGGGAUGAGGCUUUAGCCCGUCCACGCUGCCAAACAAAUACAAAGAACCCACUCGUUUUAAAUAAACACAAAAUACCUUUGAAAUCAUAACAGCACAUCUCCACAGACCACUCUUUUUAAAAUAAUA